AUGGCCGAUUUAAUCGCAUUUCAGACCUAUCACUUACGUCACAGCUUCCUCUCACCCUCCAACAUGAUCCCCCGUUCAAGUAACCACAAGCGAUCUCUCUCGUCUGGUCAUAGAUCGCCCUCUCCUGAUAGAACAGUCACGAAAACGAAGUCUACCAAUGACCUCCUAUCGGUCACGACUCAGAAACCAACACUUGCCUCCCGUUCCAACAGUGCAGGUGAUUUCCCUGAUGGUGGUUUCAGUACACUGAAAGAUCCAAGACUGGCCAAUGAUUCGGAGACUCCCGAAUCGUGCAUAACGCCAUCUCAUCAUCCGGAUUUGAGUAGCGAAGUGGCUGCGUUGAGUGUUAAAUUGAUUCAGGCGAUCAACAAUCAGACUACUCUGGAUGACAGCCUAGUCGCCACCCGCCAGGAGCUGGAACAAGCGCAGAACCGACUCAAAUCCCUCGAAUCGGAAAACGAAAGGUACCGGCAGGAUAUUGAACAACAGAUCCUCAUCAAGAAGGUUGAUGCGGACCUUGAAAUUUCAGGGUUGCAGGCCGCUCUGGCAGAAGAGAAGACUCAGCGCGCCGUCGUUGAAAAAGGCAAAAAGACCAUUGAACAAGAAUUGGAAACUCUGACCGCGGCGCUUUUUGAAGAAGCGAACAAGAUGGUCGCCGCUGCUAAGCUGGAACGCGAGGCAGUUGAGAAGAAGAAUGAGCAAUUACGUGCCCAAGUGAAAGACACGGAGUUGCUCCUUGCGUCGCAUCAAGAGCAACUGGCCGAGUUGAAGUCGGUCAUGCAAGGAAUGAACCUAGCUAAGGAUGAUGUCGAUACUCACGCUAUCAACUCCACGGCACCAUCCUCCCCAACCGGGCCCCAGAAAGGACCGGGAAAUACCACGAAGGACUUCGAGUCUACGGAUACUUUCGAACCAUCACCCCAUCUUGAAGAAGUCGUGCCGGGCCCAUCCACCAGUUUCCCACAUUUGAUCAAGUCGGUGUGCCGGACGGAUAUCCAAGCUUUCGAAGACUUUCGGGAGCUGUUCAUUCUGUCGAAAGCCUCGAAGCCCCCAAGCAGGGCAGCGAGUGGCUCCUACGCCGGCCUCAAUGUCAUGAGCUUGGCCAAUUUUGGCGGGGCCGGAUUUGGCUCAGCAUCCUCUUCCCCAGCCAAGUCGACUCACUCGCCCCACGGAAGCAUGUCCUCUCCGCAGCCUUCCACCUCUCACAUUCCACUCAAAGAGACUCGCUUUUACAAACGCGUCCUCAUGGAAGAUAUUGAACCAACACUCAGGUUGGACGCAGCACCGGGGAUCUCUUGGCUAACGCGACGCACGGUUUUGAGCAGCAUCUGCGAAGGAAGCCUCGUGGUUGAACCGAUGCCAGCCGCAGCGAAAAAAUUCGACUUUCCCUGUUCCCUUUGCGGCGAUCGUAGGCCUGGUACGGACAACGAGAGAACUCAUCGCUUCAGAACAUCGGAUAACGAGACUGCGCAACGGUAUCCCCUGUGCGUCUUGUGUCUUGAGAGAGUGCGCUCCUCUUGUGAAUUUACCGGCUAUUUGCGCCUCAUCCUUGAUGGGCAUAUUCGUGGCGGUGAUAUUGAGGAAGAAAAAGACGCGUGGGAAGAAACAAUUCGCUUGAGGGAGCGGAUGUUUUGGUCUCGAAUUGGUGGUGGCGUUAUCCCUGCCAUUCCUCAUGCGAAUGAGCUCGAAUACAGCGGUCCUGCGUCCAUGGAGCACAUUAACCAAAGCACGCCAUUCAAUGAUGAGGAGAGCCACUAUCCGUCACCUUUCGAGGCGCGGGACUUUCACGAUUAUGAAGUUUCGGAUUCCGAUUACGACAAUAACUCUGUGAGCGGAUAUACUUCCAAAUCUGGUGCCGGCCCAAUGUUCUACGAUAGCACCGAAUCCCAUGCUUCGGAGCAAGCCAAAGACGACUUCUCUAGGGAGAAUGUGAGCCAGGUGACUAUCUCUGCGGCCAAUGGUGACUCGAAUCCCGUCACUCAUGUUGAAGAUACGCACAUGCACGAGACCACGUUAAACGGCAGUGAACAGGAACGAAAACCAUGA